UGGAGGGAUGAUGCAUGUUCGCAUCGCGGUGAUUGGGAGAGAGCACGGGGGCAAUGAUGUGAGUGAUUAUAUUUUGAUUGCAUUGCUCACUGUGGUUGGUUGUACGGCAUUGCUCACUUAGUACAAUAACCGGCGCGUCGUCUGCUAGUCUGCUGAAACAGUAAUUUUUUGUAUGCCGUGUUCUUCGUUUGUUGUCGUUUGUUUUGUUCCCUCUCUAUCGCUAUCUUCGCUUCAAGUUCGCUACCACCGCCGCUCACGUAUUCGUAUUCAGCUUUAGAUGGUAAUUUGCCAGACCAGGGAAACCUCAGUGAGAGUGCUUUUACAUUCAGUGUUGUCGCUGAGGCUUAUAACAAGCUUAGUUCUUGUGGAGAUUUUAUUGCCGUCAGUUCGCGAUCUUGUUUUGCCGUCGCUAUUGACCUCACCUCACCAUGUCAAGUACAAUUUCAAUUGGAUACUACUUCCUGCAACGGAUAAAACAUUUGUUCGCUUCUCAUGUUUUUCAAUAAUUUACCGUUACAAAAUGUAUUAAAGACGUGAAAAACCCUUAAAUGUUAUACCUUCAAUUAUAAAAUACAACAAAUAAUUAAAUAAUUAAUGAGCUGAACAAAGAAAAAAACACAAAAUAUAGUGUUGUAAAAAAUCUCAUAGCAGAUGAACAAAAAUAAUGUUAUUUAUAUAGUCUAUCGUGUAAUAAUAUGAGGACUUUGCUAUUUUAUAAACCAAUUGCUUGGAAAUAUUUAACACAGUUCUGUGUUGGAUCACGCGUGAUUGAGCCCUGGAGAAUUAAAUAAUUAAACAUUGCCCAUUGUUUAAUAAUGCCAAGACCCUCACGUGAAUCAUAUGGCGAACAGAAGCCUCCAUAUUCAUAUAUAUCACUGACUGCUAUGGCCAUUUGGAGCUCACCGGAGAAAAUGUUACCUCUCAGCGAUAUAUAUAAAUUUAUAACAGACCGCUUUCCAUACUAUCGAAAAAACACUCAGCGGUGGCAAAACUCUUUGCGACACAAUUUGAGUUUUAACGAUUGCUUUAUAAAAGUUCCGCGACGGCCAGACAGGCCAGGAAAAGGUGCCUAUUGGGCGUUACAUCCGCAAGCAUUUGAUAUGUUUGAAAACGGUAGUCUUCUACGACGUAGAAAGCGAUUUAAAUUGCAUAAAAAUGAUAAGGACAUACUGAAUGAAGAACUAACGGCACUUGCGAACCUAAAUCGUUUUUUCUUUACCACUCGCAAUGGUAAUAAUGUAUCGCAUAUGACGUCGCUGGAUAUCAACAGUGCAUCCAUGAGUCUUGACUCGACUCUCCAUAUGCCAAGGGUAACAAAUCAAUUAUCAACGCCCUUAGCUCAAGGUGUAAUUCUACCUGAUGUUAUCCAAACUUCCACAUAUAAUGCAAAUCAUACUAAUUUAUCAGAUAUGGCAUUGUCCAAUUUGCCCUUAAUAACUAGUCCAGAUAUUGAAGGUCCGAUAAGCUUACGACCGAAGCGUUCCUUUACGAUAGAGAGUCUAAUUACCCCCGACAAGCCUGAACACCAUUCGGAGGAGGAAGACGAGGAUGAUGACCGAACUGAUAUAGAUGUAGUGGAAUGCAGUGGAAUUUUUAGAUACCCGCCAACAUCUUCGUCCGACGAAUAUAUGACUAUGAGUCGAUUAAACCACACUGAAGAUCAGCGCGAGCGACCGCUGCCGCCGUUGCACACUAUUAAUGCAGGAAACGUACCGUUUCUUCAUUAUGCCGCAGGAGCCAAUGUUUCAGGACUGAGCUCGGGAAACCUCCAAUCCUCAGGAGUCCCCAGCACCACAUAUGAACUUGCUAUUUCCCAUCCACUGUUCAUGAUGGCGGCACCCCUUGCCAAUAUGCACAAUAUCUAUUACAAUAACGUAACUCUGGUAGCACCGACACAACAAUAUCUGACACCGGAAGCCCAAAAUAGAUUAGACAAUGAUUUGCGUACUAUAUAAAUAAAUCAAACUAGAAUAUUGCUGUACAGAUUAUUUAUGAAGAUAUGUAAAUUCAUCCAACUUAGUUCCUUUCUUUAUUAAGGUUAAUUGAUAAAUAGGACCAAAACAUGGCAUAGUUGUAGUUAGUAUGUAUGAAAGCCUAUUACACAAUUUUUAUCACAUACCGUAUCCAUAAAUUAUUUAUUUUAUUUGUAUAAGAUUGUAUACAUACAUAUGUAAGAUCAAUAACUAUCUGAAGAAUAUAAAAG